GUUGUCGAGUUACUUAAACCACAACAGAAAACAGAACAAUAACAACUUUUACUGAAUAAUUAGCUAAAUCCUAAGAAACUUAACCACAGAGUGCUUAAACAAGGACAAGGAAAAGACGCAGCGCGGUACCAACUAGCCUUCAUGCAAGAAACCCAUAAGGAACCACUUACUUAAACCGGAAAACCACCCCGAAGCCGGCAUGUCUCAUCAACACCACCCACGCAGCCUUCCACCUAUAAAUGGACCACUGCCGGCCAGCGGUGGCUCCUCCCGCCUGGCCCUCUGCCUCAUCCACUUCGUGCUGGCCGUAAGCUCAGGGUGGGGACUGAAACGGAGCACUGGAUGCCAAGCGAUGGCUGCAUUUGGGAUCUACUUCGGUCACAGUCUGCUCUGCCUGCUGCGACACACACAUCCUAAUCCAGGCACGCUCCAGAGGCUGGUAUGCGACAAGUCGCGUCGGUAUUCCUCCGUUCUGUUUGUCACUUUGGUAGUGGGUGAGCUGCAAGCUUUGAACCCAGCCACCCGUCUGGGCGACUUCUUUGGCGCCGAUUGGGAGCGCCUGGCCUUUGGUCUGUGGAGCGGAGCCUUAGCGCUGGCCGUGGCCAGUCUAUGGAUGGGCGGCAGCAGCGGCAGUAGCAGCAACAACAGCAGCAGCAGUCGCAGUCCCCUCGGUGCCGCCUUCGUCAAACUGGAUGCAGCACAGCUGGGUCUGUGUGUGCUAUGGAAUGUCCACUGCCUGUGGCGCAUUGCCGUCGUCGAUGAGCAUUGGUGGUCACUCGGUUUGGCUCUGCUCGUCCUGCUCAAUCACUUUAUCCUGUGGCGGCUCCCAUUGCACUUCAACAUUACUCAGCUGGAGGUGACCACCGUAGGCAUGUGCUUCUCGGCCAUCUUUGCGCUGAAUGCCAUCCAGGAGCAGGUGGACGCAGUAGCUAGCUGAGAGGAGUUGGGGCUGGUGUUGCCAGCUGCCAGCGGCAAGGAAUGGAAUCCCUAGUUUGAGCGCAAAUGUAUAUUCUUCGUUUAGUAGUUGAACUUUAAGUUGUACGUUGUUUAUAUAAAGACUUUUGUGUGUAUUUAAUAAAUCAUUAAAUGACGCUUUCGUAA